CACUGAUACUCCUGGUCUCAGCCACACAACCGAAUGGACAGAUCCGCAGUCGACGGGCAGUGGCUAUGGCUGCAUAUAAAUUGUCCACAGAGAUCACCAACCUAAACUUCUCUGACUCCCUCCUCGAUCCCAGCAGUAAUUACUACAUAUCCAUAGAGGCUAUGGUCAACUCAGUGUUGACUCAAACCUACAAUAUCACCGGGGGCACAGAAGGAUAUUAUUUGGGAACUGCAGACAUGAAAUUCACGAAAGGUCAACAGAUUAAUGUGGACACAACUAUGCUUUUCAUUAGCCCAAACCCUUUUAACAUCAUUUUACUUAGAUACUUAUUCACAGACUAUAUGACCAGAACAACAAGCACCCCGUUCACAAUUAACUUUUUCAACACAUUAGUGGCCAAAACUACCGUACCCACCACCACCACCACCACCACCACCACCAGGUCUCCCAGCACCAAAAGAGCGUCCCAAACCACAAAGCCAGAAGCUUUCAGUUCCAUGAAACCAGAUUCAGAGACAAGCGGCACAAACUCUUCAGCCAUCACUACACCUUCACAAAAUCACACAACAGAUUGGGCCUCCACUGCAUCUGGAACCCCCACCACAACCAAACCCACCCCCAUCGACCAGAGAGGGUCCAAAACCACGGGCACCACUCCAUACCCACUUGUGCCUUACUGGCUGGACUGGGUGCCGGGGUGGGGUAUCGCUCUGCUUGUACUGGCCUCCCUCAUCCUCCUGCUUCUCAUCAUUCUGAUAAUCCUGCUGCUGCUGCGCUGGUGUUGUAUGGAUGAGCCUGAGGAGGAACCUCAACUCAGAUAUGAUCCAUACUCACAUGAGCCAUAUUCAUCCCACUCUCCAGCCAAAACACCCACCCUCAAACACAUGGUGAGAGAAAUGAGUACAGGAAUAUAG